GGGUCGGCUGGGCGCGUAAACUUGAGCUGAGAACGUUCAAGUUCAUCCAGAUGGACUUUAGUUUUCCGGAAGCUGUCGUGUUGGGUGGAUCAGAUUUGUGUAGUUCUGUUUGCUCUUGAGUGUAUCAAAAACUAGAGAUGUCGUGGUUAAAUGGAAAACAGGGCAACAGUUCUACUCACUUUCAAAGGGUUGUUGUUUUGCUGUUAGUAACUAUCGUUGCAGUUACUCUAGCAUGUAAUGGGGGCUACAAAAUCAAACUCAAAAAGUUACAAAACUGUGCCGGCCCGAAUGCUGUGAUCACAGCAAAUGAGAACUACACCGUAGUUCUCACCAAAAACUGCGAAAUCAAAGCCCGGGGUUGUGGCAACAUAAAGGCGUUCAAGACCGCCGUUGCUAAGAUAACGGUGAAGAAGAGUGGCAUGCAGAUGUUCCAAGGAACAAUCAACAUCUGUGAAAAGUUGGCCGCUGCGAGUAGUAACUCCACCAUUGGUCCUAUUCUGAGAACAUUCAAUAUACCCGAGAAGUGUCCCGUGGAAGCGGGGACUCUAUGUGUGGAACCAACGCAAGGGAUGAGCAUCGAACCCUACAAGCAGUUCCUUUCGCUGGCACGUGGAUCGAUUGACGUAGAAACGGAGAUUCAACACGAUACGGGAAAAAGCUGCUUUAAGGUGCAGGUCGAUAUUACGAAGUGAAGUGCAACAUGCGCAAAUGGAUUCAGUUACAAUUAUAACUAGCUAAGUGUGACUAAUUGUCAUUAAUAAACACGGUGUUACCUCACUGGCGGCGUUAGGGGAUUCA